AUGUCUACCCCGGAGGACCAUAAUCCGGGCCCAGAAAAUAGAGAGGUGUCGAUGGUGGAUGUUUCGGAAGCCAAUGAAGAUCGGGAGAUGACUGCGGCCGAUGCCAGAAUCGGUUCAAACGACCCACACGCGGGUUCGGGUGGUCUUGGAAGACGUAAAUCUACGUUAAUUUUACGCGAUGAAGACAACGAGAAGAGGGACAAUGCUGAUAAGAUGGAGUUGGAUAGCCAUAGCACCGGCCACAACUCACCCCAACCGGAGUCAGUAGCGCCCAGCACAGAACAAACACCGGUUCCGGACCCCAAUGUGACCGUUCCUGUGGACAUAAAGUGGGUUCAAGGAGGAGAAAAGGUGUAUGUGACGGGAUCUUUUACCCAAUGGAGAAAAAUGAUAGGGCUCGUCAAACAACCAGAUAACAACUUUAGCAUUACCCUUGGGCUUCCAAUGGGCACCCAUCGGUUCCGGUUUGUGGUGGAUAACGAACUCCGGUUUUCCGAUAAUCUUCCAGCUGCAACCGACCAGAUGGGAAACUUUGUCAACUAUGUGGAAGUUACCCAGGAACAUGUUCAACAGUAUAUGGAAAGUCAAGAGGAAACGAAAACAAAAUCAAAAGAUUCUGUUCCAUCUCAUCCUGCACCACAAAGGCGUAGAUCUGUAGCAAGGGGACGCAGCAAUUCGGCAUGGAGACUAACAGGAGAUGAUGAUGAUAUGGGAGAUGGGUACUCACGAUACCAUGAUGAAGAUGGCAAUUUCAAUGCACCAGAAUUUGAAUAUAUCAAUGAGAUUCCACCGAUUUUCACCGAUCCAAAAGUCAUGGAACAAUAUUACAUUGCAAUUGACAAGCAGUCGAAGAAUCAAGGAGGUCAACAACAAGCAUGGCUUCAUCCACCACAGCUUCCCCCACAUUUGGAGAAUGUUAAUCUUAACAGUCAAAGUGCCAUGGACAAAGAUAACAACGCCGGUGCCUUACCUAUACCCAACCACGUUGUGUUGAAUCAUUUAGCCACCACCAGCAUAAAACAUGGUACUUUGGCGGUCGCCAGCAUUAUACGUUACAAACGUAAGUAUGUUACUCAGGUGUUGUACGCACCGUUGCAGCAAUAA